GCGGUAAGCCUCCGCAUUUCUUUCCCUAUCAUGGGAAGAUCGUGAAGGGCGACCUCGAGACGUUAGAAUUCUUAUCACCAAAUGAGGUCUUGACUAAGUUCGAGGGCCGUACUCUCUCCUUCUCCAAAAUAGGACAGUAUCUCACACCAGCUGUCUAUCACUUCUCUUCCCAUACCUUCGAUAUUCUAUAUGAGGUCUACGGAAUUAAUUCUCCGCAGCCCAACGAUGCCAAUAUAUGGAUGAGCGUGAGGUGCAAGAACCAGCCGCUUCAUGGACGCUUCCAAAGCGAGUUCCAGGUCUCGCGUACUUCUAGUGACACCUCAAUAUACGUGGAUAAAGAUUAUGAGAUCUUCGUGGCCUCUGUACGUCGCCUGAACCAACUCAAGUUCUGGUUGAGGAGAAGAUGUGGUAUAACUACUAGCCACGACGAUUUCACUAAAGUACGUCAGGAGGAGGGUGGUAGAUUUGCUCCAGAGGUUGUGGUCACUGUUCUGAAUGGUGAAGAGAUCUAUCUUAGGAAACUUCC